AUGGCCAGCUCGGAUGAUGGCCUUGCCAAACGCCAGGAAGCCGUGGUCGAUGUGCAGGCGGCAGCCAUGACGGACAAGCAGGGCAACGUCAUUGCGUUCGAUGCUUCCAAGGUCUAUCAAGCCAACACCGAAGCCGGCCUGUGA